CUUAUGAUUCUUGGAUUUAUAUCUCUGUCGUUGACAUUUUGUCAGAACUCGAUUGCUUCCAUUUGUGUUUCUAAAAUACUUACGAAAGAUUUCUUGCCAUGCAAAAGAAAACCCGAUGGUAAAGAACCAGAAGAUGACGAAGACGAUGCUGAAGAUGCUCGUCGCAGGCUUUUAAUGUAUGAUACUCAUCGAAAAUUAGGAGGCGGCGAACCCGUAGAAUGCAAACCCGGAUACGAACAGCUUAUAACAGUUACAGGAUUGCAUCAACUCCACAUAUUCAUUUUCUUUUUGGCAGUUUUUCAUGUUAUUUAUAGUGCCCUCACUAUGAUUUGUGGAAGAGCAAAGAUCCGUGAGUGGAAACACUGGGAAAAAGAUAUCUUGCAGCAACAACAAUCCGGACACGAUCCUUCAAGGUAUCGGCUUACAAAAGAAAUAUCUUUUGUUAAAGGGCAUGCCACCAAGACCGGAUCCUCAGCAUUCUUCUACAUUAUCUGUUUUUUCCGGCAAUUCUUUACCUCUGUUGGUAGAUCAGAUUACAUGGCGAUGCGCCAUGGGUUCAUUUCUGUUCAUUUAGCUCCUGGAAGUCAAUUUAACUUUCAAAAAUACAUAAAGAGGUCACUUGAAGACGAUUUUAAAAUACUUGUGGGAGUAGGUCCGUUGUUAUGGACUGUUGCGGUUAUCUAUCUGUUUGCCAAUGUUGAAGGAACUCAUGCUAUGAUUUGGCUAUCUCUAUUCCCUGUUGUUAUAAUCUUAGCAGUUGGAACAAAGCUUCAAGCCAUUAUAGCACGAAUGGCUAUUGAAAUCCAAGAAAGACAUGCUGUUGUAGAAGGCGUACCUCUUGUUCAAGUCACGGAUAAUCAUUUUUGGUUAAAGGAUCCUUCGCUAAUUCUUUCAUUAAUUCAGCUCACGCUCUUCAUGAACGCGUUUGAGUUAACACACUUCUUCUGGAUAUGGUAUGAGUUCGGACUCUUCUCUUGCUUUCAUCAAAAGCCUCUUCUUCAACUUGUUAGAGUUUUAAUUGGAAUAAUAGUUCAAGUCUUAUGCGCUUAUGGCAUCCUUCCACUCUAUGCCCUUCUUUCUCAGAUGGGUUCGAAGAUGAAGAGAACAAUUUUCGAUGAUCAGACCUCGAAAGCCCUCAAGCAUUGGCAUAAACAUGCAGUGAAAAAGAAGGAUGCCAAGGGGCAAUCUGGUCAUCUUCCGACGUCUGGAAAUGCUGCAGCACAAAGUGCUACUCCAGACUCUGCUGACGGGGGUCACGCUUCCUCGGGCCAAUCGGCUCACAUUGUGGCCAGCGUAGACAUUCCCCAAGAUAAAAAGAACGCCUCAUGAUUGAUCUACCCCUAACUUGCUUUGAUCUUCUAGCUCAUUUUGUGUUUGUUGUUGAUUAAAUUAAUUAAUAUAUAUAUGAACCUAAUAUAUACUAGAAGAUAUAUUCAUGAUGAUGAGAACAUCAAAGAAUGGCAUACAAGUAUAUGUGAUUAUGUUUAGAAGGUA